AUGGAAUGUGCUGUCCAGGAACCAAGAGAUAACGGCACAACAGUAAAUCAUCAUAAUAUCAAAUGUGAACUGAAACAAACUAGUUCAACAAAAAACAUUUUGGAUGCAACUGAGGUAAAAAUAGGUCGAAGAUACCCAUGCAGAUGAAAAAAGUCGUUCGAGGGGUGCGGCGAGUACUCGAAAAUCGGCCCUCGCCGAGGGCUCGACCCCUCGGAAAAUGGCACUUCGGACCCUCGAUAUAAGCUUUCGAGGGGUAUCGAUUUCGAGCCCUCGGAUUUCAGAUAGGUAGCGAGCCCUCGAGA